CCACAAGACCAUCCCUUCAACAUGAUUACACGAUGAGAUGAGAUGAGAUGAGACAAAAAUGAAGAAGUGCUUCCACCAAUCACAACCACCACUAUCAUCUCCCCUUCAUGGCCUCGUUGGGAUUUUCCAUCUCUCUCGAUUUUGCUUUCGAUUCCAAACCUUCACUUCCUUCCCUUUCCCUUUCCACUUCCACUUCCACUUCCACUUCCAUUCACCCUCACCCAAAAACGAAGCUUGGAAUUCCCGUCGCCGAAGCGAACCCGAAUUCCAACCCUCAGGUUCGGAGCACUAAGAAAGCGCCAAAGACAAGCAGAGACUUGAAAUUCAGUUACGCAACUAAAAGCAAUGUUCCGCUAAACACGGAGAAGUUGUUCACGCACGGUGCUGACGUGGAUUUCUCUUCCGUUGGGGUUGAACUGAGCGCGCAGCAUUGCAACGCAAUCUUGAAACGGCUUGCAGAAGAAGAAGAGAGCGCGAGUGACGGCGCCAAAACGCUGUCGUUUUUCGAGUGGAUGAGGAAAACCGGGAAGCUUGAACGCAACGCCGGUGCUUACACCGUGGCUGCACGCGCGUUGAGCAGGAGAGGAGAUUGGGAAGCUGCAGAAAAACUUGUUCGGGAAAUGAGGGACAAGUUUGGUUCCGAAUUGAGUUUCCACGUUUUCAACACGCUCAUCUACGCGUGCUCCAAACGCGGUCUCGUUCAAUUGGGCGCGAAGUGGUUCCGAACGAUGCUAUCGUUCGGCGUAGUUCCGAACGUCGCGACGUUCGGAAUGUUAAUGACCCUUUGCCAGAAGGGAUGGAACGUUGAGGAAGCAGAGUUUGCGAUUUCGCAAAUGAGGGAACAUAAAAUAAUAUGUGAAUCUGCAUAUUCUUCAAUGAUAACAAUUUAUACCCGUUUUGGGUUAUAUAAGAAAGCUGAAGGUGUUAUUGAGAUGAUGAAGAGUGAUGAGGUUGUUCCUAAUUUGGAGAAUUGGUUAGUUAUGUUGAAUGCAUAUAGCCAGCAAGGGAAAUUGGAGGAUGCUGAGAGAGUGUUGUUUACGAUGCAAGAGGCAGGGUUUUGCCCUAACAUUGUUGCUUAUAAUACUAUGAUAACAGGUUAUGGGAAAGCGUCGAACAUGGAUGCUGCUCAGAGGAUGUUUUUGUGUAUGCAGUUUAGGGUUGGAUUGUAUCCUGAUGAAACGACAUACCGUUCAAUGAUUGAGGGUUGGGGUAGAGCUGAUAACUAUGAACAAGCAAGGUGGUAUUAUAAGGAGCUUAAGCGGUUAGGGUAUAAGCCGAAUUCGUCGAAUUUGUAUACGUUGAUAAAGUUGGAAGCUAAACAUGGAGAUCAUGAGGAUGGUGCUGUUGGGAUCAUCAUCCUUGAUGAUAUGGUGGAUAUUGGAUGUCAGUAUUCUUCUAUAAUUGGUACUCUUUUGCAUGUGUAUGAGAGGGCUGGGAAGGUUCAUAAGGUGCCUGUUUUGCUCAAAGGUUCGUUUUAUCGACACGUUUUGGUUAACCAGAGUUCUUGCUCAACUCUGGUCAUGGCUUAUGUGAAGCAUCAGUUGGUGGAAGAUGCUAUCAAGGUGUUGAAUGACAAGAAGUGGAAAGAUCCGCAUUAUGAGGAUAACUUGUAUCAUCUUUUGAUUUGCUCGUGCAAAGAGGCGGGUUUGAUGGAGGAUGCUGUUAAGAUUUUUAGUCAAAUGCCCAAGAGCGAUGACAAGCCGAACAUGCACAUCAUGUGCACCAUGAUUGACAUUUAUAGUGUCAUGGGGCUUUUCAAUGAUGCGGAGGUGUUGUAUCUGAAGUUGAAAUCUUCAGGUAUUUCCUUGGAUAUGAUUGCCUUUAGCAUUGUUGUGAGAAUGUAUGUCAAAGCUGGAUCUUUGAAAGAUGCUUGCUCUGUUUUGGAUGCAAUUGACAAGCGACCGGAUAUUGUUCUGGACAAUUUUUUGUUGCGUGAUAUGUUACGCAUUUAUCAAAGAUGUAACAUGGUGGAUAAACUAGCUGAUAUGUACUACAAAAUCUCAAAAGAUAGAGCGAGUUGGGAUCAGGAACUAUAUAAUUGUGUCCUAGAUUGCUGUGCUCAGGCUCUGCCAGUAGAUGAGCUUUCGCGGCUUUUUGAUGAGAUUCUACAGCGUGGAUUUGCACCUAACACAGUUUCCUUCAAUGUCAUGCUCAAUGUCUUUGGGAAAGCCAAGCUUUUCAAGAAGGUUAGGAGGUUUUUCUGUAUGGCUAAGAAGCAGGGCCUGGCUGAUGUGAUCUCUUACAACACUAUCAUAGCUGCAUAUGGGAAAAAUAAAGACUUCAAGAACAUGUCAUCAAUGGUUCAGAAGAUGCAAUUUGAUGGAUUUUCGGUUUCCCUUGAAGCUUACAAUUCGAUGCUGGAUGCUUAUGGGAAAGAUGGCCAGAUGGAGACAUUUAGAUCUGUGUUGCAAAAGAUGAAGGAAUCGAAUUGUGACUCUGACCACUACACAUACAACACCAUGAUCAAUAUCUAUGGAGAACAAGGGUGGAUUGAGGAAGUUGCUAAUGUGCUUACGGAAUUGAAAGAAUGUGGACUUGGUCCUGAUUUGCAUAGCUACAACACAUUGAUCAAGGCAUAUGGAAUAGCAGGAAUGGUUGAAGAGGCCGUAGGUUUGAUCAAGGAAAUGAGAAAAAAUGGAAUAGAACCUGACAAGAAAACCUACACUAAUCUUAUCACUGCACUGCGCCGAAAUGAUAAAUUUUUAGAAGCUGUUAAAUGGUCGUUAUGGAUGAAACAGCUGAAAUUAUGAAUUUCAUAAAGCUAUGACAUUAUCUGUGUGGUCUUAGACCUCUAACUUCGUUUCUUUGAGGAAUAGCAUGACCUUAAAGUCCUGCUUGAGUACAGUCUCUGACCUUUAGCUUCCUUGCUUUCUACAUCCAUUCUUGUCAUGGUAGAGCUCGUGAUUGAUGAUUGUAAGUUCCGAAUCUGAGUCCAGAUAUCAUGGAUUUUCAGUGGAAUAGCUGCUGUAUGGGAUAUUGACUUUAAAUAAGGUGUUAGAUAAGAAAUCGAAGUAUGAUGAGACAACUUGGAAAUAUUCUACGAAGACCUUGAAGAUAUCUCGCUCGCUGCACAUGCGUAAUAUUGAGCACACUCGCAUUUUGCAACCAACUGGCGGAAGAUAAAUUUCAUUUAAAGCUCCAAUUAGGAGGCACUAAUCAGAAAAUGUCAGUGAGUCAGUGACAGAGUUUCCAGCUCCAAAAGCAACCUGUUUGAAUCAGCAAUUGUAAUUUUCACUCUGGUAUUUGCUCUACAACGGUACUUUGCCACAUUACAUAAACUAGGUCUGCAGUUCUGUACUCCUAUUUCCUACAAGAUGUGCUUUUUACAUGAUUUUUACAUGAUUUUAAUACCUCGAGGCUACGAUUAUGAUCUAAUCCCAGAAAGCAAUUACUAUUAUGCUAUCAACUCCCACACCUACACCUUAAUUGUUAUCCUUAAUCUUUUUUUUUUUUUAAUAAUCAAAUGGUUGC